CCCUAGUCAAAAGUUUGACAUGCGUGAGAAGAUCAGGUUUAGCUAUUAAACCAAGAUCUAAACAUGACACAGGCUACAUACAAUAGUAAUGAAAUGUUUAGUGAGUGCCUUGACCCACGCUAUCAGUUCAAGGUUGAAGUAGCCAGCGAUUAUGAUUCGUCUGAUUAUGAAGAGAUAGAUCUUGGACUAAAAGAUGAGGAAAAAACAGUGUUUGACAACUGUAAUCAGCUUGUAAAGUCCGAAAAUGAAAUGCACAUAGGCGCACAGUCGUCAGCACCAUCUUGUUAUCUUACCGAUAUCAUUGGUGAUGAAAAUAAUUGUGAUAAAUGGGCCAAACCAACGUGGACCAAUAUCGUUAUAAAGCCCGAAAUAAAAGAAGAACAUGAUAAUCUUUAUGAUAAUGGCAAUGGAACAGUUUUAAUUGGAAACACCAAGCCAUUAGUCACCAAUUACAAAGGCAUCCUGUCAGCAUCACAAUUAAAUGAUUCCAUAGCUAAAAACUCAGAAAGUCUCAAUUCAACUGAUCAGUCGUUUGGCAAAAUAUCAUCAAUAAAGCAAUGCUUAGAACAAAACAAAAUACAGAACUUCUCUCAGUUUGGUAUACAGCGAGUUAAUACUAAUAUGAAAUUAGACUCAUUAGCUAACUUAAACUUUGCUGAGUUGUUUGGACAGUGUCAUUCUUUGCAAUGUAAAAAUAAAGAUAGAAAGAAUCCUUUCAUACAGAUCCCGAGGUGUGACGAGGGUAUACGUCUAGUACAUAAUCAACGUAGUGAUCGUCAUAGCACUAAACAUGUUGUUGUCCAGGAUUCAGCGAAAGGAGAAAGGAAACGACCAUGUAUUGAACAUAUUGUAUCCCACAAUGACCUUACUCAGUCCAAUAAUGUAGAUGGCGAGUCCAAUAAUGUAGAUGGCGAUGAAACUGUACGAAAAAAUCGAAAAAUGCAAGAGGAACAAGAAAAAUAUUUAAAUGUGCCAAAUAUUAGCUUUGACUUUGAAUGCAGCAAAACAUAUUGUUCUGACAAGCAAGUUGCUUCACAAAUAUCAUCUGAUGGUUGCAAAGAAAAUCCUUAUUCAUCUUUUAAGGUUCAGUGUAGACACAUUCGUAAGGUGGGAAAAUCCAGGCAAAAACCCAUUAUUAUCAGUAAGGGUAAAAAAAACAUAAAGAAAGCAAAAUCAAACUCGAAACAGAAGCAACAAGUUGACCAGCCAGACGAGCUGUGUAAAAUUGUUCACGAUGAAUUUGACUCUGAUGUUGAUGUCCUAACAGACUGGGAUGGUUCAAAGGAGUUCAGGUCAAAAAUGCUGAAACAAUGGAUUGCUCUUGAGCAUGAUUAUUCGGGAAAGAAAACGAUAAAUCACCUUGCAAAAUUACCUCAGCAUGGAAAGGAGUUAUGCACAGAAAAAAGAAUGAAGAAAAUGAAAAAGGAGCAAGCACAGUGUGGUGACAGGGAACUAAGAGGAGUAAUGCAUAAUUCCUUAGAACGCAAAAGACGACAUGAGAUGUCAAACUUGUUUCUUGAACUUGGAAAGGUGGUAUAUUCUCCUAUCAAAUGGAUAAUGCUGAACAGACCAACCAAGAAAGGAAUAAUUCAGCGUGCCCUUCAACAAAUUGAAAAGCUAAAAUUGUCUUCUCUAGAUAUUAAUGUACAGAGAUAUAAUUUGAAAAUACAAAUUGAACACAACAGAGCUAAAAUUAAACGCUUGAGGGAAACUUUUGAUGAGGCAAACACAGUGUAGUCCAGUCGUGAAUGAUACAUGUAUAAAUGUUGUUAAGAGAAUAUUUAGUUUAAUUAACCCUUUUUUUUAUCUUUUUUUAACCUUAGCUCAUGUCGAGCUACUGGGUUUUCAUAACAUCAUAGAUACUAAUGUGAGCAAUGGCUAAAAUGAUUUUGAAGACCAUUCACAAAAAAAUGCAUGUUUCUUAUGGGUGUUUUUCUACAGACUUUCAAUACCAACUUGCGUCAAAUCUACCAAAGUUGUUUAAAUUCAUCUUUUUAUAUAAAUUUCUUGUAUUGGAAUGAGCCAUUUUUUUGUAAAAAUCCGCAAACAGCAAAGUGAUUUAAGACUUCUGUCAAAAAUCAGGUCGCAGAUUUUCAUAUUUUGUUCAAAAGUUGAUGUUUUAUGCAUUUUUCUUAGAGUGUUAGUUUAGCUUUUAGCCAUAAAACAUACAUUUUUGAACAAAAAUAUGAAAAUCUGCCAUCUGAUCCUUUGUCAGUAGUAUUACAUCACUGCUUUGCAGAUACUUUGCAAAAAUUGGCUCAUUCCAAGACAACAAAAAAGAAGUUGUCCAAAUGGUAAAUCUGUGAGAGUGCAGCUUUAAGGUUGAUUUAAUUGACUUAUAUUCACUUUGCAUGUUUAUACUCUGAUUUCUAUUUACAUGAAAUAAACAACAUAUAUCAUUUAAUGUACAAGUUUGUUUCAUCCAGGUUUCUCAACAUUGAAUGAUCGUGGCUUUUGCUCCACAGAAAUACACCAUAUAAAAUUGUUUAUCAACUUCACAAAUCAAAGAAUAAAUGUCUGUCGUUGUCAGUAAUGGCGUAUUAUUUUACGGUGCGCAUGCAACAAAUUACUCAUUAUCUUGCAAAGCAUCGAUGAUACAUGCAACUUGCAUUGACUUCACUUCAACUGGUCAAUAUAUCUGAAUCUUUAAAUACGCUUGUAAAAAAAUGCUUUGGAGUGUUUGAAACUCACUGUCUGAAGCUGCCAUUGAGUUGUUGCAAAAUGACUGUCUUCGAAGAGAUUGCGAUCGGUUUGGUUUAACUGAUUUACAAAAACAUCUUCCUAGAUUUAUUUGCAAACACAUAUAUCUUUUGCAUUGUCACUUAUUUUGCUCCAAAUGACGUGCCGCAGUUCUAUGCCAUUGACCUAACUUCCUGUUUAUAUUGUUUGUUUAUAUCUACUGAUGAAGGCGUCACGCCGAAACGUUUCAGAUAAUAAACUUUAUUUGUU